UACCGUACGGAUGUGCGUCCAUUUGACGGCCUCUCGGUAGGUAGGGCCCUACCGUUCGCCACCGUGAGUCGUCGUUCCAAUCACCCGGCACAAACAAAACCGAUAGCAGUGCGGCGGGCAGCACACGGUUGUUGCUUAUCAUUUGCCCCCGAACGCAAACAGUCGGAUUGCAUGAAACGACGAACAUUGGGUGAGACCGGUAGUGCAUAAGCGGAAGUGUGGUCGCCCGGAAGCGGACACACGCAGCGUGACCUACAGACGGAAGGGGCUGGCGGUAGUGAUGGCACAGUAUGUUGACAAAAGUGGGCCAGCGAUGGCAUUCCGGAGGGCGGCAUUACUGCUUCUAAUCUGCCUUGCCGGUGCAGCCAGCGGGAAGCUGGCGACGACCAACGACCACCUAGCCGUCCAGUGCUGCCAACAGACCGGGUACGUCGUCGACCCGAAACAGCAGCAAUGCGUGCGAACGGACGGCAACUACACGGCGCACAUGCAUGUCAACUGCACCCAGAGCUACUUGAUCUACCGCGAGAUCGAACCGGAGGUGUACGUGGAUGAGGCGGGCCUGCUGGUGGACGGCGCGUUCCUGAUCCAACGGUCCGACUUCUGCGUGGGUCACGCCUUGGAUGCACAGCGUCCGCAACCGGUGUUCGUGGUGUGCUUCAACAUAGCUAACAUGGAGUCGCUAGCGACCAUGCUCGUCAGCAAGGGCAUCAUGAUGCUGAUCUCCGUCUUCUUCCUGCUGCUGACACUCUACAUCUACUACAUCAUCCCGGACCUGCGGGAGACGCAGGACAAGGUGACCUCGAUGGCCGUCGCCUGCCUUGCGGUGUUCCUGUUUCUGCUCAGUCUCGUCCAGCUGUGGCUCUCGUUGACGCAAACGUCCUUCUGCACGGUCAUAGCGUUCCUGAUGUACUUCUUCCUCAUCAGCUAUUUCGCCUGGCUGAACAUGGUUAUGGCCAACGUAUGGAAAUUGACAGUUGCCCGUCGUUGGAGAAUCAAGGAACGAUUCUGGUACGUCCUGAACCACAUCUACGCAAUAACCGUCGCUGUGACGCUAACGACCAUGGUCUACAUUUAUCACGCCCGGUAUCCGACGUUCGGUGAAAUGUCCUGCUGGUUUCGGACGGAACGGGAACAGUCGUACUUCGUCUAUCUUCCGGUGAGCGUGAUGCUGAGCAUAAACAUUUUCCUGUUCAUCUGGACGAGCCUGCAUCUGCACGCGAGCGGUGACGAUAUCAGCCCGGACCGGAAAAAGUCCCUCCGGUACAAGUGCAUGCUGUAUCUGAAGCUGUUCCUGCUGUCCGGCCUGCUGUGGAUCUUCGAAGUACUGUCGUUCCACAUCAGCGAGGGUCUGGUGCCGCAGUCCUGGUUCUGGAUCCUCGUCGAUGCCGUCAACUGUCUGCACGGGGUGCUCAUCUUUUUCGUGCUGAUCGUCUGGCGUCAGCGCAUCAAGCGUGAACUGGCCACCAGGCAGCUGUUCUGCCUGCGUGCCCCUGCCCGGUGGGCCCAGCUGAAGGAUGACGAACAGGAGCAUCUGCACGAUGACGGGCGCGAAUCGGGAAAGCAUGAUCUUAUCAUCAAGUAAACAAACAUACUUGAGUCACGGCGGUCACACAUCGGUGGGGCUCACCUGCGUGCGGGAUGGCACCUGCAGCCCACAACUUACAACAACCUUCCCUCCGAUAACAAAACAAAACGCUCUUCCAUACAUGAUUCUGGUGAAACGGACCCCCACUCGAGUGGCCUCGAGUACGCGGGAAGAAUGAGGGCGUUCGCCACACACUACUUUUGGUACAAUCCAGCGGUUUCCCAACGGCAUCCCAACCCAUCAAAGAUAAGGACAACUUUUAUCGCGCUCGAGUCGAACGUUAAGCGAGCAAUUUGUUAAGCAUGUAGCAUAUGUAUAGGAUAGCUGAAUAUUGCAAUGAGAGAAUUUAUACUAUACACAUUAUCAACAAGAAUUCAAUUAUUGAAGUGCGCCAACGUGUUACUAAUACCUUAUUAUUACUGCUGCCUUCGUCGACUGCACCGUGUGCAGGGCAGAGGGCGCGCUAAAUUCGUUAAUGAAUUUGUACGUAAGAGAAAUAUCAUGAUGAGGAUUACAAUAAAAAAGCAAGCUUCUGCAGAACGUUGCGGUGGCUGUGGAUUA